CACAGUUGAUCCGCGUCUCGCACGCUGGAAGGUUAAUCCGCCUCGGUCAGCUGCGCUGCUCUCGUUUGGCGAUUGCCCCUCCAAUCGGCAACAACAAACGCCAGGGAUGGACGGCGGACCCGUGCUGGGUGUGUACUUGUGGGGCCGACUUUUUGCAAGUUGUGUUUUUUGAACAAACACGUCGUCAGCGGUGGUGUCUGUAAUCUUAUACAGGGGGGAUCACACAACACAUACCAUUGUCUUGCCUAGCAAAGAUGUCCUUACUUGAUGCGUAUGAGAAGACCAAGCAGGAGCUCACCGUUACUCCAGAGAAACUCACUGAAAUCACCAACCAUUUCGUAAGUGAGUUGAACAAAGGUCUCUCCAAGACGGGAGGGAACAUUCCAAUGAUCCCAGGAUGGGUCAUGGACUAUCCUACUGGCCAGGAGACGGGGGACUACUUAGCCAUCGAUUUGGGGGGCACUAAUUUGCGUGUUGUCAAAGUAUCCCUUUUGGGGGAUUCUAAGUUCACCUACGAGGCUGAAAAAUACCCUAUACCUGUGCCAAUGAGAACCGGUAAGUCUGAGGACCUCUGGAACUUCAUUGCAGACUCAUUGGACACGUUUGUCAAGAAACACUACGGCUCCAGAGGCUCGUCGAUGGCAAAGCUCCCUCUUGGGUUCACUUUUUCUUACCCUGCGUCCCAAGACGCUAUCAACGAGGGUGUGUUGCAAAGAUGGACAAAAGGUUUUGACAUCGACGGAGUCGAAGGUGAAAACGUCGUUCCACUGUUACAGGAUGCAAUCAACGUCAGAAAUACCCCGGUUGAGGUUGUCUCGUUGAUCAACGACACCACCGGUACCUUAGUUGCAUCCAAAUACUGUGAUCCGGAAACAAUCAUGGGUUUGAUUUUUGGAACGGGCUGUAACGGUGCGUACUACGAUGUUUGUAACGAUAUUCCAAAACUUGAGGGCAGACUGCCAGACGACCUGUUGAAGGAAAACUCUCCCAUGGCAAUCAACUGUGAAUAUGGUGCCUUUGACAACGAAUGGGCAGUUCUACCAAGAACCAAGUACGAUAUCCAGAUUGACCAGGAAUCCCCACGUCCUGGCCAACAGUACUAUGAAAAGAUGAUUGCAGGUUAUUAUUUGGGUGAGGUUUUGAGAUUGAUCUUGUUGGAUUACUACUCUCAGGAUUUGAUCUUCAAGGACCAGAACAUCAAACCGUUGCAAGUUCCAUUUGCCAUGGAUACUUCGUUUCCAUCCAGAAUUGAGCAGCACAGCGCAACAUUUGUUGAAGGCCUAUUUUUAGACUCGUUCAACAUCAAAACUACAGAGGAAGAAAGAAAUAUCAUCCACGACCUUUGUCUUUUGAUUGGUACACGCUCAGCCCGUUUGUCUGUUUGUGGUAUUGCUGCCAUCUGUAAGAAGAGAAACUACAAAGCUGGGCACUGUGCAAGUGAUGGUUCUGUUUUCAACAUGUACCCUCACUUCAAAGAGCGUGCGCAUGAAGCUUUGAACGACAUCUUCCAGUGGAACUGCGAUCCAAAAGAUUACCCAAUCACUUUAAUCCAUGCAGAGGAUGGUUCUGGUGUCGGUGCUGCUGUUAUCGCAUGUCUUACCGAAAAGAGACUGUUGGCCAACAAGAGUGUCGGAACCAUAGAGAGCAAGUUGUAGUCAUCUCACCUGUAUAUUAUUCCGUACCCUCUUUAUACAUAUAUUAAUGCAAGCAUUAUGCAUUCUCAGCUACAAGGAGAUCCAGCUUAAGAGUGGAAUCGGGCUGGUGCCGUUGUUAGCAAAGAGUACUUGUUGGAAACAGCUGUCAAACAUUCAUCUACCUAACUAUUCCCAAAGUGUAAUAAAAUUUCAGCGGUAUGUAGACUUUUUCCCCAUCAUAUUCAAACAUGGCUUAUGUAAUAGGGUCUGGGUUUCCAGCACGGGGCAUGAAUUGAAUCUUUGUUGAUCUCAUGUUUACAAGAAAGAAUGAUUGAAUAAAGGCC